UCCGGCGGGGAGGGUGGGGGAAAGCUGACGGGAGGACAUGCAGGCUCGCUACUCCGUGUCCAGUCCCAACUCCCUAGGAGUGGUGCCGUACCUCGGCGGAGAGCAGAGCUACUACCGCGCCGCUGCAGCGGCGGCCGGCGGGGGCUACACGGCCAUGCCGGCCCCGAUGAGCAUGUACUCCCACCCGGCCCACGAGCAGUACCCGGCCGGCAUGGCCCGAGCCUACGGGCCCUACACGCCACCGCCGCAGCCCAAGGAUAUGGUGAAGCCGCCCUACAGCUACAUCGCCCUCAUCACCAUGGCCAUCCAGAACGCUCCCGAUAAGAAGAUCACCUUGAACGGGAUCUACCAGUUCAUCAUGGAGCGGUUCCCUUUCUACCGGGACAACAAGCAGGGCUGGCAGAACAGCAUCCGCCACAACCUCUCCCUCAACGAGUGCUUCGUCAAGGUGCCCCGCGACGACAAGAAGCCCGGCAAGGGCAGCUACUGGACCCUCGACCCCGACUCCUACAACAUGUUCGAGAACGGCAGCUUCCUCCGCCGCCGCCGCCGCUUCAAGAAGAAGGACGCCGUGAAGGACAAGGAGGAGAAGGACCGCCUGCACCUCAAGGACCAUGCCCCGCCGCGCCCGCCGCCGCCCGCCGCCGCCGCCGAGCCCGAGGGCGGCCCCGCCGGGGGCAGCGCCGCGCCGCCGCCGCCGCCCGUCCGCAUCCAGGACAUCAAGACGGAGAACGGCACGGCCUCGCCGCCGCAGGCCGUGUCCCCCCCCGGCGCCGCGCCGCCGCUCGGCGCCGUGCCCAAGAUCGAGAGCCCCGACAGCAGCAGCAGCCUCUCCAGCGGCGGCAGCCCCCGCAGCACCCUCCCCUCCAGCCGCUCCCUCAGCCUGGAGGCCCCCGAGCCCCCGCCGCCCCCACCUCCGCCCCCGCCGCCGCCCCACCACCACGGCCCGGGUUUCAGCGUGGACAACAUCAUGACCUCGCUGCGGGGCUCGCCGCAGGCCGCCGCCGAGCUGGGCGCCGGCCUCCUGGCCCCCGCCGCCGCGGCCCCGCGCACCGGCAUCCCGCCCGCCCUGUCCCUCGGCGGAUACUCGCCGGGACACAGCUCCGUCUACGGCUCGCCCUGCGGCCAGGCGGCCGCCGGCGCCGCCGCCGGCACCUACCACUGCAACAUGCAGGCCAUGAGCCUCUACGCGGCGGCGGGCGGCGCCGACCGGCCCGGCCACCUGCCCGCCGCGGCCGCCAGCCCCACCGAGGACCCGCUGCCCGAGUACGCGAUGCCCUCGGGCGGCGGCGGCGGCAGCGGCGGCGGCGGGGCGGGGGGCGGCGGCGGCGGGGCGCUGGGGCACGGAGGGCUGGGCGGCGCGGCGGGCGGCCACCAGGAGGGGCACCACCCGCACCCGCACCAGGGCCGCCUGGCCUCCUGGUACCUCAACCAGGCGGCGGCGGCGGCGGCGGCAGCGGCGGCGGCGGCGGGGGAGCUGGGCCCGCUGGCGGGCGCGGCGGGCUACGCGGGGCCGCAGCAGGGCUUCGCCGCAGCCCCGAGAGAGGUCUUCGAGGCGCCGCCUGGGGCUCAGCGCCUCGCCGGGCGGCGGCGGAGGCGGCGGCGGAGGCAGCGGGGCAGGGGGCGGCGGAGGCGGAGGCGGCGGGGCGGGGGGCGGCGGGAGCUGUCAGAUGGCCUUCCCGGCAGCCAGCCGCUUUACCGCACCUCCGGGGCCUUCGUCUAUGACUGCGGCAAGUUCUGAGCGCGCCCUGUCGCGGGGACACCGCGGGAACUCCGCUCCGCACCGCGCCACCGGCCCCCGCAGCGCCCGCCGAGGGAAGCAAGCGCAUCGCGAAAAGCUUUUGUACAGAGACAGCCCCAAAGCAUGUCUUGGUUUGUUAAAGGACAGUGUUACUCCAAUAACACGGUAGCAAAUGAGUGCUGCACAGACUGGCAUCUUGUCUUAUCAAGAAUCCUACCUUCUGGACUAUUUACUAUUAAGAACCUACGGUCAAUGGGGAUCACCUUCCCCUUUUGUAAGUAACCACCAAUAUGCAAUAAAUCCAUUAACUUAAAAGAAUCAGCCUUGUCAGUCAGACUUGGAAAUAAGUUUAUUUGAUUAUAGAUAUUUAAGGCCUAAAAUUUGCUUUCAAGAUAAUACAGUUUCCUAUCAGAAUCUCUUAUCUAAAGGCAACACUUAGCAGUAAUUGCUGUUGCAUUGUUAAGUGUUACGCUGUAAAUAAAUACAAAGGUAUUUACAGUUCAACCUUAUUACCUUGCUUUUGAGCUGUGCUUCCCUUCCAAAACAACAGUCCAAUGUUUAGAAAACACCUUCAGCAGAUGGAAUGAACUGGAGGGAGUGUGUCAUCUUUGAACGUGUUGGCUUAGAAUGCUUUUAUUUAAGUAGGGCAUAGUCUUUGCUUUUUCGUGCUAGUACCUCUGCAAAGAUUACCGGCCUUAUUUACAUUUAUUUGUUUGCUAAGUUGGGUAAGAGAACCUCAAACGCUCCAUUGCACGCUUGUGGUAAAGCUGAUGAGGAGGACGAGCAAAGUUGAGCGCCUUCGCUCCGGGGACAUAUUUUAAUUGCUACUCCCCGUUUUUCACCAGUAAAGGGAA